CAUAUUCAUCACAACCUUUGAUCAUAACAUCAGCGACCGAAUGUGUUACGUGUUGGAUAUAUAUGCUGUUAAGAUUAAUUAGUAAAGACAGAAGUAGAGGAUAUUUUAUUGUUUUCAUACAACAGCUUUAACUUCAGUUGUAAAGUUUCUGUUUGUUUUCCUGCUAAGAUAAUGGGUGUAGACUAUGUAUCACUUGGUUAUGCUGCCGCUGUUGCAGUGGGUGGAAUAAUUGGUUACGUCAAAGCAGGAAGUGUCCCUUCUUUAGCUGCAGGCUUAGCUUUUGGUGGAUUGAUGGGAUAUGGAGCUUAUCAAACCUCGCAAGACCCCAAUAAUUAUCUUCUUUCUGUUGUAACAUCAGGUGUAUUGGGAGGUGUGAUGGGUGCUAGAUAUUAUAGAUCUGGAAAGUUCAUGCCAGCAGGAUUAAUUACUCUGCUCAGCUUGGCCAUGGUAUUACGGUUUACUGCUAGAGCACUAAAUAGUGGGUAUCGACGGUAGAUUAGUUUUGAACUGGUGUCAAGGACGUACCCUUUACUGAUUCAUGGGGUUAUUUUCAUUUACCUGUACAUUUCUGGUAUUUGACAAAUAUUAAAACAAAUUGUUUUAUGUGCAUA